AUGGACGACGUCGCAGAAGAGUCGGUCCGCGCCGCUGCGCGCGCGCACGUUGAGGCGCAGCUGGCGAAGGCCGUUGAGAUCGUGCGGUCGAGCAGCAAGAACAGGGACCCCGCCCGGCUCGUGCAGGUCGUGAGGCAGAUGCUGGAUUACGGCCGGAAGCUGCAGCGCUUUGCCAACGAGGACGACCUGGUGCCCGGCCUGGGCCUGCCCUCCAUCCACGGCGGCGAGUGGGAGGAGGAGUCGCGGCGGAGGGACGUGGUGGAGGUGUUCCGCAUGUUUGUGGACGAGGUCGUCGCGCGCGAGGGCGCCUUCACCCCCGCCAUUGACUCAGACCUCAAGGACCUCGCCGCAACACUCUGCCUCAGCGCGCGCGAGGCGUCGGACGCGCGGACGGGGGUGGCGGCGCAGCUGUACCGCCGCCUGCUGCGGGAGGAGGUGACGUCGCGGCGCAUCGACGAGGCGGAGUCGCCCGCCAAGGUGCUGGCCGACCUGGUGACGCGGAGCGGCUUCAGCCCUGAGACGGCUGCUGAGCUGCACAAGAGCCUCUACCGCCAGAAGCUCAACCAGGUGGUAGCCAAGAAGAAGCUGACCGACCAGGACGAGGAGGAUCUGUCCCGCAUCCGCCGCGUGCUGUGCAUCCCCCAGGACGCGGCUGAUGAGGCCGUGCGUGCGACCGCGGGCCGCGUGCUUGAGGAGGCUCUGUCUGACGUCUUCCUCAACGGCGCCAAGCCCGUGCCCGACGUGGAGGCCGACCGCGUCGAGGCCGUCGCUAAGGACCUGCGGCUGAGCCAGGACGUCGCCAAGGCAGUCUUCGCGGAGGUCGCGCGCGCGCGCCUCAAGGCGUAUGCGGCCCAGGCGAUGAAGGACAUGGCGCGCGACCGCAAGGCGGCGGCGCAGGCCCUCAAGAAGCUGGUGCAGUUCAACAUCCUGGUGGUCACCCCCCUCAUGAAGCGCGUCACCGGCUCAUCGGGCGGCGCCCCCAGCAGCGGCAGCGGCGAGGAGGACCGACGCGGACAGCGGGAAAUUACCCUCGGGAACGAGAUCGACCCCCCAGUGCGUGCCGAGCUGUACAAGACGUACCUCAUGUACUCCAUGAGCGGUGACGUCGUGGAGAUGCCAGCUGGCGGCGUCAUCCGCAAGAAGACCAACCUCCAGGCGCGCCAGGCGGAGAUGGUGCGGCUGCAGCACCUGGGUGAGCUGUUGGGCAUGACCCCCGUUGAGGUGGCGGCUGUGCACGAGGACCUGUCAGAGCAGGCCUUCAAGUCCCAGGCCCAGGAGGUCCUGCGCGGCACCGGCACCCUCAGCCCCGAGCGCUCCGCCUACCUGGAGGAGAUGAGGAGGCAGCUGUCGCUGCCGCAGGACAAGGCCGACAAGAUCGUGCGCGAGGUGCGCUCCGAGGUGCUGGGCUCCACCGCGGCCCUGGAGGAGGCCGGCGGCCAAAAGUGGACCGUGGAGCGCGUUCUGCAGGCCCACCGGGACGGCGUGGACAUGGAGCGCGCGCUGGAGGAGGGCCCGCGCCGCGCGCUGCUGCGGCGCGAGAUUGACCGCCGGCUGUCUGACGGCAAGGCCAAGUUUGACGCGCAGCUGCUGCUGGUCGACCUGCCCAAGAUCCUGGGCGUCGACCAACGGCGCGUGGACGCGCUGCUGCGCGAGCUCGUCGGCAGCCGCAAGCGCAUGCUGCUGGUUCAGGCAGUAAGCCACCACCGGCAGAAGCGGGGCGGCGAGCUGGCGGCGACGCUGAACAACCUGCUGAGCAGCUACAGGGCGGUGCCGGACAAGGGGGGCAGCAACGUGGUGCAGUGGGGGGAGAGGGAGGAGCUCAAGGAGAUCUUCGGGGCGUACGCCACUAAGGUCGAGGACCCCGCAAAGCGCGCUGAGCUGGCAGCCCUCUUCGGCCUCAGCGAUGAGGAGCUCGACUCAGCCCUCGGCGGCGCCGGCGCCGUCCUCGACCGCAUCAGGCUGCAGCAGGAUGACGAGGACACCUUCUUCUAA